UGAAUCUUAUCAAAUUACAAACUGCUGUCACGCACACUUCCUGGUCUGGGACCAAUAGCGGUACAAGCAGACGGUCACAUGUGGGGAUCCUCUACUCUUUUUACGUGUGUCGGUGCCAGCCAGGUCGGAGCGGAGCAAAAACAGCAGUGAAAGGUGCACUAUGGGCCGUCUGGACGGGAAAGUGAUUGUGUUGUCAGCUGCCGCUCAGGGGAUUGGACGUGCUGCCGCAAUAGCAUUCGCAAAGGAGGGAGCUCAAGUCACAGCAACGGACAUCAAUGGAGAGAAGCUGAAGGAGCUGGAUGGCAUUCAAGGAAUCAAGACCAAGGUCGUGGAUGUAACUAAGAAGGACCAAGUCGAAGCCCUGGCCAAGGAACAUGACCAUGUGGAUGUGCUGUUCAAUGUUGCUGGGUUUGUGCACUCCGGCUCCAUAUUGCACUGCAAAGAGGCCGACUGGGACUUCACAAUGAACGUGAACGUCCGGAGCAUGUACCUCAUGUGCAAGGCUUUCCUGCCUAAGAUGUUGGCAAAAAAGUCCGGAAACAUAAUUAACAUGGCAUCUGUUGCAUCAAGCAUAAAAGGUGUUGUGAACCGGUGUGUCUAUAGUACCUCCAAGGCUGCAGUGAUUGGGUUAACCAAAUCUAUAGCGGCCGAUUUCAUUGACAAAGGCAUUCGCUGUAAUUGUGUUUGUCCUGGUACUGUUGAUACUCCAUCACUGAGGGAAAGGAUCCAGGCCCAACCUGACCCGGAGCAGGUAUGGCAGACUGAUUUACUUCUCCAUUCUUCAUCUGACAAUAAUGACUGCAUGAGUCAUUUAACAGGCGUACAAGAAUUUCAUGGCAAGACAGAAAACUGGCAGGAUGUGCACAGCUGAAGAGGUGGCUCACCUGUGUGUAUACCUGGCCUCAGAUGAGUCGGCCUAUGUGACUGGGACAGAGCAAAUCAUCGAUGGAGGAUGGAGACUCUGAGAAAACUGAGAAAGUUCAUUAUGACAGUAGUCGGGACAGUUGCUUCUGUUCUUAUUUGAACCCCAAAUAAAGUGCACAAAAUUUGACUUGAUCAUUUUUUCUUGCACAUUAUGUUUACCUGUGGGAGACAUUUCCUAUUUUCCAACUUAAAUAUAUGCUGCAAAUUUGUGCAAUGCCACAAUAUUAAUUUGCUGACUGACAUUGUAAUAAAUGGACUGUAUCACAGAUUCAGUACUGGUGUUAUCACCUUAUAAUAAAAUGUUUUACAAAGCUGUCAAAGUCUAUCUAACAUGUAUCUAACAUCUAUUAAAACGUCUUCAC